AUGCAGAGUUUGGAUGUAAUCCCUGUUGGUCAGGUGGCUGGAGCCACAUCCUCCUCACAUGUUGUGCGUAUAGUUCACAUCUCAGACACGCACCUGGGCCACCAUGUGUUGACACCUCCGCGUCCAAUCAGUGGAAACAUCUCCAUCAGGCGGAGCAACAGCUCUGACGUCCCAAACCAGGUAGUUGAUGAGAAAGGAAUCGAUGCCUUUGAGAAAAAAUCUGGCUGUCUCGCAGAAACUUCUGACGGCGGCUUCCAUAAAGGUGGGGUCUUUUUGAGCAAUGUACGUCGGUCUCGGGCCAGCGAUUAUGAAAUCCCAUGUGGGGAUAUUCUGGUACAUUCUGGAGAUUUUGAUUGGUCCAAACAUUCUGGGCGCAUCUUUCGGUCAGAUAACUUUGAGGAGAUUGUACAGUUAAUGAAUGAUUUUUUUGACCGAUUUCCCCACAAAGUAAAAAUUUUUGUUGCUGGGAACCAUGAGGGAUGCCUGGAGAAGAGGAAAAUUCAGGCUGUCCAGGACCGACUGACCUCUGCUGUGUAUCUGUACAAUUCAACAUACAUCUAUGAGGGCAUACACUUUUAUGGCAGUCCAUACACUCCAUUCAGGUUUAUGACUAAUGCUCGAGGGUUUAUUCGUACAUCGAGGAAAAUUGCAGCACAUUGGAGGGAGAUACCAUCGAGAACUGACGUCUUAGUUACUCACUCCCCGCCUCAUGGCAUACUUGACCUUGGGGUGACCUGGAGCGCCAGAAAUAUGCCAGGUGUUUCACAAGCAUUCCAUCGGGUGAUACCGAGUCAUCCGUGCGAAACGUGUGGCAUCAUACAUCCGGGGCGCAGCCACUGGGGGUGUCCACAUCUCAGGGAGGAGGUGCUCAUCAGAAUCAAGCCGACUCUGCAUCUGUUUGGGCAUGUCCACGAAGGCAAUGGGGUGCUCACUCGGAAGGGUAUCACUUUUUCCAACUCGUCCUACGCUUCUAUGAAGAGACCUCAUGUUUUUGACUUCUACACAGGAUUCUAG